AUGGAAACAAGUUAAAACACUGUAAAAGGAUACUGCAAGGUAAACUCAAAUUUUUAUCGCCUUCAAAUUAGAGCCCUUCUGCUGUAAGAUCCAAUUGCAGCUUUAACAUUUUCACAAAGAUGUUGUUGCCACAGGCUCUGCUCACCGCCACGUUAGCUUUCUACUUCAUGCAUUCAUCUCUUGGUUCAAGCAGUGUAACAGUUACUCCCUCACUCACGGCAACAUCAAAUUCAACCAUUGGCACGACCUCUCCAACUGUAGUUAACAGCACUACUACCAAACAGGGUAAUUCCGGAGGCAGCUCCCUUCUCUCUAAGGGUGGACAUAGAAUGACUACCGUAUCAAUAGCGAAGUCCGUAGAUCACUCUGUCAAUCAGACCGCCACUGUGUCUAUUGGUUACGCUGCAGUAAGGUGGUCUUCUUGGAGAGUAGAAAAUACCGAUGAUUGCCAGAAGAAGUGUUGUGACACAGGGGGCCCAGUGAUUCGCCAGAUAAGAAAUUGUACGAUCAUAACAGAGCGAUGCAUAGGUCUCAAUAGAUGCUCACAUUAUGGACCCGUGGAGCGAGAUGUAUCGUGUUACACAGUGUGCGAUUGCAUGCACAGUCUCGGGCACUUCUUGGCUGCUCCGGUGAUUAUGACGGUCAUGUCCAAUAUUCUAGCGGUUACUUGGUAGAAUGUGGCAUGCAACUAAAGAUAUGUACUGAGUUUGUAGCCAAUCACCGUCGUGGAUAUGUUUUAAAGGAUUUUUUUCUGUUCCCUAACCCGCGCUUAUUUUGCUCUUUU